AUGAUGGCUUGGAAGGCGCAUGAGGUGUUGCGCAAUGUCGGCACUGACGGUCAACCAACCAUUGUGGUGCUCGACAACAUACAAGCUUACAAGAGACUUUGGAAUCCAUCUCUUGGCAGAGAAGCUCAGAUGAUUGUGGGAACUGGGGCAACAGCGGCCCAGAUGGAGGACUGCCCACCAGGAGCAUUUGAGCUAGCCCCCCUGCUAGAAAACUGCAAGCAAAAUAAAUGGUUCACUCUCAUGAUCAAAGCACUAGAGAAGCAUAUCAACUGGGUGCACAUACAUGCUGUCAAGAGGUUUCAUUGGGUUGAUGCCUUGAUCUUCUAUGUGCCGGCCCUUGCCAUGCACCGCGAUGCUUUUGGACACAUGUUCAAUGAUCAGACAUGCAAACACCAAAUCAAUCCAAAACGACAUACUGUGGUAUCUAUGCAAGGCAUGACGGCAGCAUUGAGCAAUUUUUUGGGUCAGCUAGGAAUCACUGAAGAGACUUACGGGAGGAAGUUAUUGUUUUUCACAGGCGAUGGCAAAACUUUCGAAGGCAUCAACAAGGUGAAAAAGUUGUUAUCUGCGCAAGAGGGUGAUUUCAGGUCAUUCCAAUUUGUGCAUGCAGUGCUUGAGAUAUGGCAUACAAAAUGGACCAACCUCAUCCGGAUCUUCCAGUGUCACUGGGGUACUAGCCACGAGGUGUCCGACCCAUCUACCUUGGGCUACCUAGCGCAAGCAACAUUAAGUCCUAUUCCGGAUUACCUGGGGACCAACAAUCUGAGUGCCUUCUUUGAAUCCCUGGCUGUCGCAAACCGCCUGCCAUGCCUGACGGCACUUCUCGAUGAUGCCAACAUCUUGGUGAAACAAUACUGUACUACAGAUGCAUAUAUGUGUGCACCGCACCCUGAGCUAGUGGGUGGCGCAUGGUACUCUAAUGCACCCAUAAGACCAACCUGGGGAAUACAUGGCAUGAAUUCCAGUACAACGGGAAGAGACAUACAACUGAACCUUGACAAAUCUGUGAGAUUGCUUGGUGAUCUUAACAAUCACGGCGGCGCAUUGCAAUCAGAGAGUUUGGAUACCGGCUCUCUGCUUGAGGAAUCAAAGCAUGAGUCACCCAAUUCCCGAAGUGAUUGGGCAUUGGUAAACAACAUUCUUCUGAUGCGAGAUGGCAUCUGGUUUUUGGAGGUCUGUCAUGCGGUCACCUUAGGUGAUAUCGGACGAGUCUGGGAAGUUCUAAAGGGAAAAGCGGGCAAAUUUCAUGAGCUGGAUUUGACGCAAGAACAUUUCAAUAAGUACCUGGAAGAAUUUGCUCAGCAUAAAGGGAAGGAAUUUGGGGACAAAUGGUAUCGUGAUGUGCUGUCGAUCUACAUCCACAACUUCAUGUGCCUCUCCGAUAAGAUGGAAAAAGCAGUCAAUCUCGCAGACCGGAGCUUGCACCAUACCAAUAAGUGCAUUGACAACAAGCUAAGGCUCGUCAUCUAG